CUCGGACCCGGCACCUACCCCAAUUCCCCUAUUCUGCGAAGAAUAGUGAAGCCCUUGAUGGCAGGGCAAAGUGAUAACUGAGAGUGAUUGCAGGUGGAUCAGUAAAAGAGAGGGAGAGAAGGAGAGAGAGAGAGAGACAGGAGGGGGUGGAAUGGGAGGUGCUGUAUCAGCCAGGCUGAGGCAGGACGCAGCAGCCGCACAAGAAGCACGCUGAGCCGAGGGAUCUAUUGUUCCUUUGGCUUUUUAGAUUUUUUCCUCUCCACCCAGACCUCAUUCUUCUCCACUGACCCAGAGAACGGAGCGAGAAAGAAGGGAAACAGAGAAGAGGAGACAGACAAGUGGAUUAUCCUUUCCUGGAGAAACCGCGUGCAGAAGAGUGAGCAGGACAAUAGCAGGCACACUUUUUCCUGUGCCGCAUCCUCUCGUUCAUACAUCUCCAGUUGAGUCUGUGUGGGUUUUGCGCGGUCUGCUUGGCAAGACUUGAGCCGCGUGGAUCUGUCUGGCCGGGCUGAAGCCAUGGGGCUGGCCAGCAGGGCAGCAGGGAGAGGGGGUAAUCCAACAGGGGCGCUUGCCUCCCUCCUUAGAGUUGCUCUGCUUGUUUUCGGGCUUUGGGAUGUUCAGACCCAAACAGUCGCCAACAAACCCACCUACAUCUGGCAAACAGGGCCGUGGGGUAGGUGUAUGGGCAGCGAGUGUGGUCCGGGUGGAAGUCAAAGCCGAGCGGUAUGGUGUGCCCACUCUGAAGGCUGGACCACGUUACACACCAACUGCUUGCAGUCAGAAAGGCCCAGCAACCAGCAGAGCUGCUUCCGCGUGUGCGAUUGGCAUAAGGAGCAGUACGACUGGCAGCUAGGGGCAUGGAAUCAAUGUGUGCCGGUGUCCAUGCGCAGCAUUGGCGUGCCAAGGCCAGCGGUGUGCACGCGGGGCGAGGAGGGCAUCCAGACGCGAGAAGUGGGUUGUGUGCAUAAAUCGGACGGCAUGCCUGCGGAAGAUGCCAUCUGUGAGUACUUUGAGCCCAAGCCACGGUUAGAGCAGGCCUGCCUUAUUCCCUGCCCACGUGACUGUGUGGUCUCCGAAUUCUCCCCUUGGACCUCCUGUUCCAAAAGUUGCGGGAUGGGUUUGCAGAACCGCAUUCGUUCAGUUUUGGCUCCGCCACUUUUUGGUGGUUCGGCUUGCCACAACCUGACGGAGUUCCGCACCUGCCAACCGGGCCCCUGCGAGGGGGAGGAGAGCUUGUUUAGUUUAAGAAGUGGCCCCUGGGGCGCCUGUACUGUUUCACCCGUGCGCCAGGUCAGAGAAGCCAGAGAACCAAAACCAGAACGAAAAGCAAAAAAGCUGGAACGCCAAGCAAAAAAACUGGACCGCCAGGAAAAAAAACUGGACCGCCAGGCAAAAAAACUGGACCGCCAGGCAAGACAGGACCGCCAGGCCAAGCGGCGCAAAAAUAAAGAGAAAAAGGAGUUGAGGGAAAACAAAGGAGAACGUGUGAAGGGCAGGGUGAGGGAGAAAAACAGGAUGAGGGACCCCGAGACUCAAGAACUCAUCAAAAAGAAGAGGACAAGGAAUCGGCAGAAUCGGCAGGGGUUGAAAUUUUGGGACCUGCAGGUGGGCUACCAAACCCGGGAGGUGACGUGUGUGCACCGGAGCGGAAGCACGACGGCACUCAGUUUUUGUAACCAGGAAACUCUUCCAGUGACGUAUCAAGCCUGUGUCAUUACCAAGGACUGUGAGGUGACUGAAUGGUCAGACUGGUCCGUCUGCUCAAAGGAGUGCUACGAUCUGAACGGACGCAAGGGGCAACGCACACGUACCCGUCAGGUGCGGCAGUUUCAUGUUGGUGGUGGGGCAGAGUGCCCCGAGCUUGAGGAGAGCGAGCCAUGUUCCCCGCAGGGAGAGGGAAUCCCUCCAUGUGUGGUGUAUAAUUGGAAAAGCACAGAGUGGAGUGAUUGUAGGGUAGACGUCCUCCUCAGCCAACAGGACAGACGUCGCAGCAACCAGACAGGACUCUGUGGAGGCGGGGUUCAGACAAGAGAAGUCUACUGCGUUCAAGCGCCCACCGAAACCUCAUCUAACCUCAGUUCCCUCAAGAGCAAAGACGCUUCUCGGCCAGUGAACAAUGACCUGUGUUUGGGUGUUCCUCCUAACACCACCCAGAUGUGCCAUAUUCCCUGUCCUGUGGAAUGUGAGGUGUCUUCCUGGAGCGCAUGGGGUCCCUGCACCUUUGAAAACUGCCAAGACCAAUCUACAAAGAAAGGUUUCAAACUGAGGAAAAGAAAGAUCGUGAAUGAGCCCACCGGUGGGACAGGAAAUUGUCCCCACCUGACUGAAGCGAUUCCCUGUGAGGAGCCCAGUUGUUAUGAUUGGCUGGUGGUGAAGCUGGAGGACUGUGUUCCUGACAAUGACAAAGUAUGCGGUCCAGGAACCCAGAACCCACAAGUGCAAUGUGUCAACAGUGAUGGUGAAUAUGUGGACCAACAGCUGUGUCGGGACGCUAUCCUCCCCAUGCCUGCGCUGUGUGAGGUGCCCUGUCCCAAAGACUGUGUGCUUAGUCCCUGGACCUCCUGGUCUUUGUGUUCCAACACCUGCUCGGGGAAGAACACAGAGGGCAAGCAGACCCGAUCACGCUCCAUCCUAGCAUAUAAUGCUGGCGAAGGUGGGGGUCAGUGCCCCAACAGCAGUGCCCUGCAGGAGGUGCGCAGCUGCAAUGAUCAUCCCUGCACCGUGUACCACUGGCAGACGGGACCCUGGGGUCAAUGCAUAGAGGACACCUCUGUUCCCUCUGCCAACAGCUCGAUGGGCCGUGGCGGAGCGGGAGUCGGCAGUAAUGAGGCCUUCUGCUCUGUAGGAAUGCAGACACGCAAAGUCAUCUGUGUCCGGGUCAACGUGGGCCAAGUGCCACCAAAAAAGUGUCCAGAGAGCCUGCGUCCAGACACAGUAAGGCCAUGUCUUCUACCCUGUAAGAGAGACUGUAUCGUCACCCCAUACAGUGAUUGGACCCCCUGUCCCUCUGCGUGCAACACAGGUGGUGCCAUCAAAAAGAAGCAAUCCAGGAAACGCAUCACACUACAGCUUCCAGCCAAUGGAGGCCAGGACUGUCCAGAAGUGCUCUACCAGGAAAAGGAAUGCGAGGCCUCCUCUGUUUGUCAAGGCUACAGGUGGAAAACCCACAAGUGGCGAAGGUGUCAGCUGGUGCCCUGGAGCAUUCGGCAGGACAGCCCUGGAGCUCAGGAGACCUGUGGACCAGGACUACAGGCUAGAGCUGUCUCUUGUAAGAAGUUGGACGGUGGUCCUGCAGAUGUUGCUGCGUGUCUAAAGUUUGCUGGUCCUAUGCCUCAACUCACUCAGUUAUGUCAGCUUCCAUGCCAGGAUGACUGCCAGCUUACAGCCUGGUCCAAAUUCUCAUCCUGUGCAGCUGACUGUGUAGGUGUGCGGACCAGGAAGCGGACUCUUGUUGGUAAAAGCAAAAAAAGGGAACAGUGUAAAAACACACAGAUGUACCCUUUGAGCGAGACACAGUACUGCCCGUGCAACAAGUACAACGCCCAGCCUGUCGGGAACUGGUCCGACUGCAUACUGCCUGAAGGUGGACGUGUGGAGGGACUUUUGGGUAUGAAAGUACAAGGUGAUAUCAAGGAAUGUGGCCAGGGCUACCGGUAUCAAGCUAUGGUGUGUUAUGACCAGGACAACCGCCUUGUGGAGACAUCACGUUGCAACAGUCACGGUUAUAUUGAAGAAGCCUGUAUUAUCCCCUGCCCAUCGGACUGCAAACUCAGCGAGUGGUCAAACUGGUCCCGGUGUAGCAAGUCGUGUGGCAGUGGAGUCAAAGUACGAUCAAAGUGGCUUCGAGAGAAACCUUAUAACGGCGGAAGGCCCUGCCCGAAACUAGACCAUGUUAAUCAGGCUCAGGUGUAUGAAGUGGUGCCAUGUCUGAGUGACUGCAGUCAGUAUGUUUGGGUGGCUGAACCAUGGAGCGUCUGGAAGGUCAGCAAUGUCGAUCUAAAGGAAAACUGUGGGGAAGGUGUACAGACUAGGAAAGUGAGGUGCAUGCAGAACACUGUAGAUGGGCCUUCGGAUCCUGUAGAGGACUAUCUCUGUGAUCCAGACGAGAUGCCUCUUGGAGCCAGAGAGAGCAAGCUGCCCUGUCCAGAGGAUUGUGUUUUAACUGACUGGGGUUCAUGGAGUCGAUGCCCACUGCCAUGUAAUGCAAAUGGUACAAGGCAGAGAACUGCCAGUCCUAUACGUCAGGCCGGUGAUGCUGGGAAACAGUGUCCUUCAACCACAGAGAGGGAACCAUGCAUUGUGAACACCAACUGCUUCCAUUACUCCUAUAAUAUUACAGACUGGAGCACAUGUCAGCUGAGUGACAGAGCUGUUUGCGGUGUUGGAUUCAAAACACGAAUGCUGGACUGUGUUCGAAGUGACGCCAAGUCAGUGGACCUUAAGUUUUGCGAGGAGCUUGGUCUUGAGAAGAAAUGGCAGAUGAAUGCGUCCUGUGUGGUCGAGUGCCCUGUCAACUGCCAGCUGUCUGAAUGGUCGUCCUGGUCUGAAUGCUCCCACACCUGUGGUCUUGCAGGGAAGCUCUGGAGAAGAAGAACGGUGAUCCAGGCCUCUCAAGGAGAUGGGAGACCAUGUUCCUCACAGCUGGAACAGUGGAAACCCUGUCCUGUGAAACCCUGCUUCAGCUGGAGAUACAGUGCUUGGUCGCCUUGCAAAUCUGAGGGUGCAAGGUGUGGAGAGGGCUUACGCUUCAGGAAUGUGUCCUGCUUCGUGUCCGACGGUUCAAAGAAGGAUCCGGGCAGUAUGGUGGAUGAGGAACUGUGUAGUGACCUGGAGCAGACAGUGGAUGGAGACAAGCAGAUCAUCCUGCAGGAGUUUUGCACAGUGCCCUGCCCAGGCGAGUGUUACCUGACGGAUUGGACAGAGUGGAGUCCAUGUCAACUGAGCUGUAUCAGUGGGGACGAUCUGGGAUUUGGUUCCGUGCAGGUCCGUUCUCGUGCCGUUCUAGCUCAGGAACCCGAGAAUCUUCUUCAGUGUCCAGAACAGGAAUGGGAAGCAAGGCCAUGUACAGAGGGCCAGUGUUAUGAGUACAAAUGGAUGACCGGCCCAUGGAAAGGCUCAUCUCGCCAUGUCUGGUGCCAGCGCUCUGAUGGAUUAAACGUCACAGGUGGAUGCCCAUUGACAAGUGAACCUGUGUCGGACCGGUCGUGCGACCCAGCCUGCGACAAACCCCGUUCAUACUGCACAGAGGCCGGUGUAUGCGGCUGUGAAGAAGGCUACACUGAGGUGAUGACAUCAGAUGGUCUGUUGGAUCAGUGCACAGUCAUACCAGUGCUUGAGAUCCCAACCGCAGGUGACAGCAAAGCUGAUGUGAAGACGAUUAGAGCCCUUAACCCCACCCAGCCCACCUCCAACCUUCCAGGCCGAUCUGGGCGCACCUGGUUCCUGCAGCCCUUCGGACCUGAUGGCAAACUCAAGACCUGGGUGUAUGGUGUAGCAGCUGGAGCUUUUGUACUGCUUGUAUUCAUUGUCUCUAUGACUUACUUAGCCUGCAAAAAGCCAAAGAAGCCCCAGAGAAGACAGAUGAAUAACAGACUCAAGCCUUUGACGCUGGCUUACGAUGGCGACGCUGACAUGUAGCGUGACCGCAUUCGCCUGUGCCGCAGUUCACCCGCCUCCCCUCACGGCCGGAUAUCUGGAACAGCCUCAAACCAGAAGACUCGAGCAAACUCACCCAUUGCUUUUUUAUAAGACCCAAACGAAACCUCAGAGAGAUACUCCGCCCGUGUUUCUACAAUAACUCCCUUUCCUUUUUACGUUCAAGUUUUUGGACUUCGUUUCACGAGAGCCUUGACAAACUCUGAUCUUCUUUAGGGAGUCUGCCUUCAUCUCUCUGCCAUCGAUGUCUUUCUGUAACAUAAACUUGUUUUUCGGGAGGAAUGACCUGUUCGUAAAUUUGGGAGGUUUGCUGAGAAAGCACAAAAUACACACUUUGUCUUUUUAAUAUAUCACACUAUCUGUCAGCUCCUGCAGUGUGCCAAUGGAUCAGCUCAGACUGCACAUUGCACGUGACUGUCGCAUAGACCCCUUAAAUACGCAAUUUAACUAGCCAGAAACGUUUUCAGUCCUUAAAUAUCUCUCGGGUCCUUCUUCACAUUGAUAUUUUGAGAUAAGAAAGAUGGAAGCGUGGAGAUUGCAUGGGCCCACUAGCGUCCCCUAAAGAAAUGCUGACCUGCCUUUCCCCUCACUGUAUUCAGGCUCCAUUUUGCACUAUAUUAGUGCAGCAUGAACAUUUACUUAUAGCAUUGCCAUAGAAAACUGCCUCUCUCCAAACAAGAUGAUGUACAGUCUUGUGCUAAACAAGUUUUUUUUCAAAGGAGAGAUAACACAAGUAGCCCUUUUUUCUUCUAAUGGAACUCACUGUUUGUUAAUACAUGCUUGUUUGCUGGUUACCUCUUGUUUGUGAUAAUGGGGCGCAGUUGAAAAGAUUUUCGUGGACUCCACAAACCCCCUGUCGUAUGUACAGUUGCAGUCAGCCAUGUGUUGCUUUCCAUGCCUGAUUGAAUUCAUGUGUAUUAUUCAGUGGCUCUUUUCACCUUACAGAUUCGGGUUGGUGGAGUUUUCCAUGCGUUUCAGUCUUGUUCUCCGAUUCAAAGGGCUCUGUGUUUACAAUCUGAGCGCUUUAAUGAGUAUAAGGGUUUGAUUUACUGAUCCUACUGUGUCUACUGUGUUAACCGAUUCUGUUUGCAGUUUAUCUACCAUGGCUACCUAACAUUAUAAUUAUGGGAUGACAUUUUAUAUCAACUAGAUUCCAAAAACCACUGCUUCAAAAUUUGUUGAAGAUUAGUUAUGGGAAAUAUCAGUUGAGGUUGAACAAAAUUCAGCUUAUUAAAGCAUCACCAAAAUGUAAGAUUCUGUUCUCAUUCACUUGAUAAAGAAUACACAAAUUUAGGUAACACUACAGGAAAAAAAUGCAGCAUGAAGUUAAAACAACUUGGUUUUUCAAGUCAAAUCAACCUACUGUUUUGGGUUUUGGCUUGUGAAAAGUUGACAUAACUUAUAAAAUCAUGUUGAAAUUGUUUAACUUAAUUUUUUAAGUUAAAGUAACAUAUAUAUGUUGAUUUGACAAAGAUGCUGUAUAUUUUUUUUACAGUACAAUAAGGUUGUGUUAGUAAACAUUAGUAGAUGCAUUAAUUAACAUGAACAAACAAUGGACAGUUUUUCAACAUGUAUGAAUUUUUAAUAAUCUUAAUGUCAAUACAGUUAUUCAUGUUAGUUCAUGGUGCAUUAGUUAAUGUUAACAAUUACAAUGGUUGUUUUUAUACAUGUAUUAGUAAAUGCUGAAAUUAACAUGAAUUAAGAAGAACUCAUUCCCCGCCAGCCUUGUUUUAUUUUAAAGUUGCCCGCCAGCAUUUUUUGUGAUUUACACAAAAGUUAAAAAAAAACUUCCAGGAAAAAUUUAUUAUAAAAAUAUAUAAACAAAUAUAUCAAAUGAAAGCACAGACCCUCUGCUUUCAAAUAAACAAUAAACAAACAAACGGGAAAUAAAGUUUCAUCCUAUCUAUAUUUUUUCUCUGCUUAUAAACUCUUAAAUAUGGGUAUUUUUCUUCAAAAAAUUAUUUUUUAGCAAAAAGAUAAAAUAAUUGCAUUUUUGUGAAGGAAUUUUGAUUAUCAAAACAUAAACGUAGUGUAAAAUUAAUAAAUAAUUUUUUGCUUAAUUUUUUUAUAAAUUGGCCAUCUAGUGGAUAAUCGCAGUAUUACAGAUUACCCUAAAACCCUUUUUUUCAUGCAAAUGUCUUCUCUUAAUUGACAAGUUAACUCGUCAAUGGCUGGGAAAGAGUUAAUAAUUGCUGUAGAAUCAUUGUUCAUUGUUAGUUCACGUUGGCUAAUUCAUUAACAAAUCAUUAACAAAUACAACCUUAUUGUAAAGUGUUUCCAACAUUUUUAAAGGGUACUUGAUUACCAUGGUGUUUCGAAAUUGUGACUUUCUUUAUUGGAACAUACCGUAAAGAUGUAACACUGUUAGAAAAAAAUUGUCAAAAUAUGUACCCCAGCUGUCACUGGGGCAAAAGAUCCUAAUAUGCACCAUUACAUAGAUAUCUAUACAUUUGGUACCAAUAUGUACCUUUAAGAUGUUAAUAUGUAUCUUUGAGGUACAAAUAAGCACUUUUUAGUACCAAUAUGUACCUCUGAGGUGCAAAGCUCUACUUUUUAAGAAGAGUAUACAGCCCCAGUGACAAUCUGGGUACACAUUUUAACCAUUUGUUUCUGACAGUGUAUGCAGUGUACCGACAGAAUCGGUCAACAUUCACUUUCAUUGUCUAGAAUAAAAAUGCAAUGCAAGGGAAUGGUAUUAGCAUUUUGUGUUCCAUUGAAAAGGUCAUAAAGGUUUUGAAACAACAUUAAUGUUCCUUUUUGCAUCAAACACCUUUGUUUUCUGCAAGCACAUUACAAGCCAUGAACGUACAUGUAAUACAGAAUUGGUUAUGAGGAUGAUAUGUGGAUUCAGGUAUGAUUGAAAUUGUCAUUGUCACCAACUAUUUCAAAUUGGGUGGAAAAGCACAAAUAAGUACAUUAGGGCAACUUUUUUUCCAAAAUCCAUAUCUACCGUGAAAGACACUAUUGAUCUCUAAAGGCAUAUCAUUAGAUUUGUUUUCAAUAACAACGGGUGAAAGGAAUGUUUACUUAUGUGUUAAUACUUGUUUUGUUAAUUUGUAAAUACAUGAAUGAUUUUUAAUUUAAUGAUAGUUUCUUUAUUAAAUAUACAUUUGUUUAUUUCUUUUUUACUGCAUAAAGUGUUUAGUAUAAACUUCUCAAAGUAUGUCUGAAAGUAUGUGUGUGAGAGAGCGUGAUAGAGAGAGAGAGAGAGCGUCUAAUGCUACUGGUCUUCGCUGGGGCGAACCAGGUUACUGUGUGAAAAUCUUGCUUUCUUCUUUUCCUACAGGUUGUUUAUAUGUGUCUGAAGAAUUGCUGAUAAUAAAGGAAAACAUUGCUGUA